AUGCGCCGACAGCAGCACCCUCGCACAUCACCAGCAACAGCGGCAGCGGUUGCCCGAAUAGUCGCGCAACGCAACUAUGCCACACCUUCAGGCCCGCCACCUGCUGGCUUCCGCCAAAAGCGACCGACGCCCUGGGACGAAGACCAGGAGAGCCUCAUGGACAAGAAUGGACGCUAUUUCCUGAUGACGGAGAUGUUCCGCGGCAUGUAUGUCGCGAUGGAGCAGUACUUCCGACCACCCUACACAAUAUACUACCCCUUCGAGAAGGGUCCUAUCUCGCCGCGUUUCCGUGGUGAACACGCACUUCGACGAUAUCCCUCGGGCGAGGAACGCUGCAUUGCCUGCAAAUUAUGCGAAGCCAUCUGCCCCGCGCAAGCCAUCACCAUCGAAGCUGAGGAGCGAGCCGAUGGCUCCCGACGAACCACGCGGUACGACAUCGACAUGACCAAGUGCAUCUACUGCGGGUUCUGCCAGGAGUCUUGUCCCGUCGAUGCUAUCGUCGAAUCUCCCAAUGCCGAGUAUGCGACAGAAACAAGAGAGGAGCUGCUGUAUAAUAAGGAAAAGCUGCUGGCGAAUGGAGACAAGUGGGAGCCUGAGUUGGCGGCUGUCAUCCGGGCGGAUUCGCCCUACAGAUAA